UUAAAGACUUCCAUUUCCUCCUUUUCCAAAAGGAGGCAGGGAAUAGGGUAGACUGGGUAAGCUGGCGAUACACUACCAAGAACUCCGGCUGCUCCGCCAUGAAGUUUGCUGUGCUUUUCCUGGGGGCUGUGCUGGGCCUACUAGCAGCCCAGGGGACAGGGAAGGACUGUCCUCAUAAGAAAUCUGCCACUCUGCUACCAUCCUUCACGGUGACGCCUACAGCUACAGAGAGCACAACAAGCCCUGGAACAACCAGCCACAGAACUACCAAGAGCCACAGCACCACCACCACAGGCACCAGCCAUGGGCCCACAACAGCCACUCACAAUCCUGUCACCAUGACAAGCCACGGGAAUACCACAGUUCAUCCAACAAGCAACAGCACCGCCACCAGUCCAGGAUCCUUCACCAGUUCGCCCCACCCAGGACCACCUCCACCCUCUCCAAGUCCCAGCCCAGGCUCCAAGGCAGCUGUAGGAGACUACACUUGGACUAAUGGUUCCCUGCCCUGUGUCCGUCUCCAAGCCCAGAUUCAGAUUCGAAUUCUGUACCCAACCCAAGGUGGAAGAGAGGCCUGGGGCAUCUCUGUACUGAACCCUAACAAAACCACGCCCCAGAGAGGCUGUGAGGGUGCCCAUCCCCACUUGCUUCUCUCAUUCCCCUAUGGACAGCUCAUCUUUGGAUUCAAGCAGGAACCACUGCAGAGCACUGUUUACCUGAACUAUGUGGCUAUGGAGUACAAUGUGUCCUUCCCGCAAGCAACCCAAUGGACAUUCUCAGUUCAGAAUUCAUCCCUUCGAGAACUCCAAGCCCCGUUGGGCCAGAGCUUCAGUUGCAGAAAUGCAAGCAUCAUUCUUUCACCAGCUUUCCACCUCGACCUGCUCUUCCUGAAGCUACAAGCUGCUCACCUAACCCCUACAGGGGCCUUUGGGCCAAGUUUUUCUUGUCCCAGUGACCAAUCUACAUGGCUGCCUCUUAUCAUCGGCCUGAUCGCCCUCGGCCUCCUCACCUUGGUGCUUGUUAUCUUUUGCAUCUCCCGGAGACGUUCACCCGCCUACCAGCCCCUCUGAGCCUUUGUCCCAACGCCCAGGGCACCACUCAGCUGACUCAGAGACAAAGUUAUCUUCCUUCCCUCUCGGUCUUGAAGAACAAAAUCAAAGAUAAUGCAACUGGGAGAACUGAAGGGAGGUGUUUAUUAAAUAUGACAUUCCCUCUCCCCCUUCCCCAAUGGGAGAAUAGUAAAGCCUACUCAAAUCUUU